AGGUGGAGGAUGUCCUCGCGCUGAGCAGCGCGUGCUGGGCUGAGUGCACACCUGCGCGGGCUCCUCCUGCCCCUCACAAGUGUGCUCGCUCCAUACUGAGAAAGUCGGACUUUGCCAGCAGGUUCAGCCGCACCUGCAGCAGCAGCGGGAAACAACUCGGCCACAGCUAUGCGGUCAAAAUGACACCGAGAGAACACCUGGAGGACUCGAACCUUGUCCAGACAGUGACUUGUUUCAAGUCGUUUUUCUCCCGAGUUCACGGGAGCUCUUUGUUUAAGCUAGCGACGCGUUAGCCGUUUCCGGAAGCCAACCUUCACUCAGAAAAUGAAGACUGGGAGAUAACACUGUCGACUUUGGAUUAUUAUUGUUUUGCCAUAUACACAAAUGUACCUUUGGACUAGUCAAAACUGACUUUUGAAUUUUACAAACCAGCACUAGAGGACAUCAGUCGCUCUUUCACUAAAAGCUGUACUGAGCUUAAUUUAAAAAUGGCCACAAUGGAAACCAAAGUUGCCACCAACAGCACGUCUGGUCUGUCGUGGGCGCGCGUCUGUAAAGAGUGUGGCCAACAGCAUGAAGGAAAAGAAACCCAUCUUUAUGAGUACCUUGACGAAGUGGACGAUGAGUUGAUUUGUCACAUCUGCCUACAACCUUUACUCAAACCUAUGGACACUCCAUGUGGACACACUUAUUGCUAUUACUGCAUCAGCAACUUUUUGAAAGACCAGGACUUCUGCCCGGUGGAUCGCCAGUUUCUGGAAUUUGAACAGUGUCGCCCUUCCAGCCUGCUGGUGAGGAACCUGCUUGAUAAGCUAACCGUGAUGUGCCCCAACUACGCAGAGUGCCAGCAGCAGAUGCAGCGCUGCGAGCUGCAACCUCACCUGCAUAACAGAUGUCCUGCUUUUAGACGGCUGAAAGAGGAGGCAGAAAAGAGGAAGAGGCCCUCUUGGAAUGAAUUGAAAGGACGUAAGGGUGAUGGGGGGAUGUCUGGAGAUGCCAAGCUUUCAACAGCACUGUCUCGAAAUCCAACCCGAGAUCAGCCCGAGCCUGGUCUAAUCAACCCGGCCUUUGAGGAAAGUGAGGAGGACAACACCCCGCUUCGAUCCAGCCUGGUGGCUGAGACCAUUAUGGUGGAGCUGCUCAGAGAAGCGCCAGAGGAACAGCUGGGCCUGCGUAUUGUUGGGGGGAAGAACACACCACUGGGAGACAUAGUCAUCCAGGAGAUUAACCGUGACUCCAUUGCAGCCAACGAUGGCAGGCUGGCCCCAGGAGAUCAUAUCUUGGAGGUGAAUAACGUCAGUCUGGCUUCAGUUCCUCACUCCCGGGCCAUUGCAAUGCUGCGACACCCAUCCCUCGUCAGGCUCACUGUGAUGCAAGAGAAAGGUUUCAAGUUAAGGGACAGUCAACGGUCUGAUCCUUCCCCUGCUGCUGCUUCUCAGCCCCCUCGCAGUCCACAGUGCAAUACUCACUUCAGUCAGACCCCUGUCCUGCAUGUGACGCUGGUGAAAAGUAAUCGUUCAGAACCGCUCGGCAUCAAACUCAUCCGCAAGUCUGACGUUAGUGGGGUUGUAAUCCUGGAUCUGUUGCCGGGCGGUUUGGCAGCCAAAGAUGGAAAGCUGAGGAACAAUGACAAAGUCUUGGCCAUCAAUGGACAUGACCUGAGGCAUGGAACACCUGAGAGUGCAGCCCAUAUCAUACAGACCAGUGAGAUGCGUGUGAACUUUGUGGUAAUGAGAACUGCAGGUACUGUGGAGGACGGUGGAAGCAGCAGAGAGGGACAGCACGCCAGAUCAAGAAGGGCGCCAGAUCCACAGUACUUCAGACGUCAGUCCACGUACAUAAAGGACCCCCCCUCUGGGUUCUCUUUUCAAGAGAAGAAUGUAAGCCUAAAGAAGGAGACUCGGCAAUCUCUGGGCAUCACCAUCGCUGGAGGGAGAGACUGCCGCAGCCGGCUGCCUGUUUACAUCACCAGUGUGCAGCCGGUUGGCUGUCUGCAUAGAGAGGGCAACAUCAAAAGAGGGGACGUUCUGCUGAGCAUCAAUGGCGUUGAUUUGACACAGCUGACCUACAAAGAGGCCGUUUCUGUCCUGAAGGCGGAGGCGGCUCAGUCCCAGGUGGAGCUGCACGUCAUCCAAACCCACGCCGAGGACUCUGAGGAGGACACGGAGAGCAGCAGCAAGGAUGAAGUUGUCUACACAGAUGACCCACGAGAUGACCUCCACAACUGGACCCCCCAAUGGACUCGCUGGUUAGGUCUACCAAGUCACAUGCACUGGUGCCGGGACAUCGUCCUGCAGAAGACCAACAACGAGAGCUGGGGCUUCAGCAUCGUAGGCGGCUAUGAGGAGAGCCACAAUAAGCAGCACCAGCCCUUCUUCAUUAAAACCAUCGUGCCUGGGACGCCUGCUCACUUCGAUGGGCGUCUUAAGUGUGGAGAUGAGAUAGUGGCGGUGAAUGGAGCCACCACUGUGGGAAUGAAGAACAACUCUCUGAUCCCCAUGCUGAAGCUGCAGAAGAACAGAGUCACGCUGACUGUGGUGUCGUGGCCGGGCACGCUGGUGUAGCAUCGCUGCCGUUUGUUCAGUCCUCAUCUCAAUUUUACAUGAGCAAAAAGAGGUUCCUCUGAUCUGAGCUGGAACCCUGCUUACUUCACUGACACGCCGUUUGUUUGUUCUUCUCUUGAUGUAAUGGACUGUGUGUUCAUGAGAACUACAAACUGGAGUUAAUCGUUGAUUUUUAAUAGAAAAAUGGCAGUUAAUUACUGGUUAAAUACAGAAGGAUUUCUUUUCUCUGAUUCUGUUCUGAGCAGUUGUGUUAAAAUAGUUUGAUCAUAGUGUACAGAAAUGAAAUAUAUAGCUAAUUAAUAACGAGUUUGUACAACAAGAAAUUGCUGCAGACGCUAGAACAAAUAAAUAUAUGCACUUUUAAAAAGUGAUAUCUCAGAGGAAAAAUCACACUAGUUGAAUCACAGUCGAGCUUUAACGAGUUAUAACACUUGUGUUGAUGGGAGGCUUCUAUUCUGUUCUAUUUUUUUUUUAUCAGAAAUGUGAGGCCUUGGUUAUUCAGACCAUCAAAAUGACAAGAAGUCAUAUCAAUGUGCAUAACGAGUGUAACAUCAUUCAGAGUGGGGAAAUGUGAUGCAUGGUUAAUGUGAAGUGAUCCAAAGAAAUUAUUCUUUGUAAAUUGUUUUAAUUAAUACUGCUUGUAAUCCUUUGGAGGAACAUUUAGGAGGUUCAGAUGCUUCAAGCAUUUGGCAUAAUUUUGCAAAAGUGCUUUGAAUUGUCUUUCAGAAAUCUAAAUGUCUUUUUCUGGAUGAUUCGCUGGUUUUUCCGUUGGUACUGAAGGACAAACCAGAAUGUAUCGUUGCCUUAAAGAGCCUUUGUACCAAACCGUUUUCUCCUCAUUAUUGUGGCCUUGCUUGCAUCUUGAUUGAUGGAAGACUUCUUGCACAAUUCAGUGGUCGUGUCAGAUGCAGCACGCAGUGUGUGAUUUAAUCCAGCCACUGUUUCAUUAUGUCAAUAAAUUCACAUCAAAAUCCU